GCACUCUUGGCAAACAGAGGAAGGUUUGAAAAGGACUGACACACACACGCAAGAGUUAGGGUUUUUGGGUCCGUUCGGCAAAAACACAUUUUUUAAAUUACCAGAGACCCGAUGCAGCUAAUAUUAUAAUACAAGGACCCGUGUCCGAGGCACAAGUGAAACUUUUAGAUCCGAACCCGAUCGGGUCUCGUGUCGGACCGGGUUUUCGGAUCUAAGUGGACCCGUGAAGACCUCUAGUUCUCGUCUCUCAUAGAUCCAUUAAAAUUCGUUUUAUGUUUUGGAUUGGUUAAAUACAUUAAGUGUUCAGUGUGUUUUAUUUUUGCCAACUGAACUUGUAUUUUGUGUCACCUCCUCAAGUUUCUUUGUGUGUCAACGUGAUGAUUCAUGGACCCACUUCUGUUUUUAUUUCAUAGAGGAGUGACAGUUUGUGCACAGUUCAAACCCUUAAUGUUUCAUUUAGCAGACACUUUAGACAAUGAUAAACACUAGCAACAACACUCAUACCACAAUGCCAAGUCUUACAAGUAAUGUACAGACGUAAAAAAACAAACCGUUUUUUUUCACACAGGAACAUUUUGAGCAGAAUGCCUAAAUGCAAACAGUCCUUUCUCUUUCUACCCGUAAACCACUCCUACUUUCAGCAAAAGGAAACUCAUUUAUACUUCCUGUUCAGUCCGGAUAGAGUAUUUUUUCUUUGUGCUCUACUCUUAUUGAGUUGCUUUGUGUGUGAAGUGAAAUGGCAGAAGCGAGUGUAUCUUUGACUCAGGAUCAGUUCAUCUGUUCAAUCUGUCUGGAUCUACUGAGGGAUCCUGUGACCAUUCCCUGUGGACACAGUUACUGUAUGAGCUGUAUUACUGACUGCUGGGAUCAGGAUGAUCAGAACUACACGUGUCCUCAGUGCAGACAGACCUUCACUACAAGACCUGUUUUAGGUAAAAACACCAUGCUGGCAGAAGUGGUGGAGAUACUGAAGAAGACUAAACUACAAGCUGAUCACUGUUAUGGUGAACCUGGAGAUGUGGAGUGUGACGUCUGUACUGAGAGGAAACACAAAGCUGUCAAGUCCUGUCUGAUGUGUCUGAACUCUUACUGUCAAAAUCAUCUUGAACAACAUGAGAAAUUCUUCAAAGGGAAGAAGCACAACCUGAUAGAUGCCACUGGACGACUUCAGGAGAUGAUCUGCCCACAACAUGAGAAACUUUUAGAGAUUUACUGUAAAUCUGAUCAGCUCUGUGUAUGUUAUCUGUGUAUGGUGGAUGAACACAAUAACCAUGAGACUGUAUCAGCUGCAGCAGAGAGGACUGAGAAACAGAAACAACUGAAGGAGACACAGAGAAAAUAUCAGCAGAGAAUCCAAGAGAGUCAGAAGAAGCUUCAGGAGCUGAGAGAUGCUGUGGAGACUCAUAAGCGCUCUGCACAGACAGCAGUGGACGACACUGAGAGGAUCUUUACUCAACUGAUCACAUCCAUUGAGAGAAGACGAUCUGAGGUGACACAGCUGAUCAGAGAUCAGGAAAAGACUGCAGUGAGUCGAGCUGAAGGACUCUUGAAACGACUGGAGCAGGAGAUUGAUGAUCUGAGGAGGAGAGACGCUGAGCUGGAGCAGCUUUUACACACAGAUGAUCACAUCCAUUUCAUCCAGAGUUUCAAAUCUCUAUCGGUCGCUCUUGGAUCUACAAACUCUGAGAGGACGGUCAAUUCUCUUCUCGGUUUUAAUGAAUCUGUGUCUCAUCUGAGAAAGAAACUGGAAAACUUCUGCAGAGAAGAGAUUGAAACAAUAUCUGGUCAAGUAAUUCAUAUAAUAAUGGAGCUCCAAAUCAGGCAGGAGAUCCUAAAAUAUUUUCAUCAGUUCAAACUGGAUCUAAACACAGCACAUAAACAUCUCUGUCUGUCUGAGGGGAACAGAGUGAUUACUUACACUAACAGACUCCAGCCGUAUCCUGAUCAUCCAGACAGAUUUGAUGAUUGUCCUCAGGUGUUGUGUAGUGAGAGUGUGAGUGGACGCUGUUACUGGGAGGUUGAGUGGAGUGGUGAAGUGGAUAUAUCAGUGUCAUAUAAGAGCAUCAACAGGAAGGGAGACAGUGAUUGUAGAUUUGGAUGUAAUGAUCAGUCCUGGAGUUUGUGCUGCUCUGACUCCAGUUGUUCCUUCUUUCACAAUUACAUUGAGACUAAACUCCCAGUAGUGUCCAGAUCUUCUAGAAUAGGAGUGUAUGUGGAUCACAGUGCAGGAUCUCUGUCCUUCUACAGCGUCUCUGACACAAUGACCCUCAUCCACAAAGUCCGGAUCACAUUCACUAAACCUCUCUAUGCUGGGUUUGGAGUGGUUAAUGUGCAGCAAUCAGCUCUUUUUAACUUAAUCAAAAGACAAUCAAAAGUAAAACUGUGUGAUUAAAGCUUGUGCCAGUAAGGA